ACGCAGCGCCCAGCUAUGGCUUCGGGCCCCGCGGAGGCGGAGACCCGGCAGAGGCUGCUGCGCACGGUCAAGAAGGAGGUAAAGCAGAUCAUGGAGGAGGCUGUCACGCGGAAGUUUGUCCACGAAGACAGCAGCCACAUCAUCUCCUUCUGUGCUGCUGUGGAGGCCUGUGUCCUGCACGGGCUGCGGCGGCGGGCGGCGGGCUUCCUGCGCAGCAACAAGAUUGCAGCUCUCUUCAUGAAGGUGGGCAAGAGCUUCCCGCCAGCUGAGGAGCUGAGCCGCAAGGUCCAGGACCUAGAGCAGUUGAUCGAGAGCGCGAGAAACCAGAUCCAGGGCCUCCAGGAGAAUGUGCGGAAGCUGCCAAAACUGCCCAACCUGUCCCCACUUGCCAUCAAACACCUGUGGAUCCGCACAGCAUUGUUUGAGAAGGUCCUGGACAAAAUUGUGCAUUAUCUUGUGGAAAACAGCAAUAAAUACUAUGAGAAGGAAGCUCUCUUGAUGGACCCGGUGGAUGGCCCCAUCCUCGCGUCUUUGUUGGUGGGGCCCUGUGCCCUGGAGUACACUAAGAUGAAGACUGCGGACCACUUCUGGACCGAUCCCUCGGCCGACGAGCUUGUCCAGAGGCACCGCAUCCACAGUUCACACCUGCGGCAGGACUCGCCCACCAAGCGUCCAGCCCUCUGCAUCCAGAAGAGGCAUUCGAGUGGUAGUAUGGAUGACCGGCCAUCUCUCUCUGCCCGUGACUAUGUUGAGUCCCUGCACCAGAAUUCCCGGGCCACCCUGCUUUACGGCAAGAACAAUGUUCUGGUUCAGCCGAGGGACGAUAUGGAGGCUGUGCCGGGGUACCUGUCCCUGCACCAGACGGCUGACGUCAUGACCUUGAAGUGGACGCCCAACCAGCUGAUGAAUGGGUCUGUGGGGGACCUGGACUAUGAGAAGAGCGUCUACUGGGACUAUGCCAUGACCAUCCGCCUGGAGGAGAUUGUCUACCUGCACUGCCACCAGCAAGUGGACAGCGGCGGGACGGUGGUGUUGGUCAGCCAGGAUGGGAUCCAGAGGCCUCCCUUCCGCUUCCCGAAAGGUGGUCACCUCCUGCAGUUCCUCUCAUGCCUGGAGAACGGGCUGCUCCCUCACGGGCAGCUGGACCCGCCACUUUGGUCCCAGCGGGGGAAGGGCAAAGUAUUUCCCAAACUGCGCAAGCGAAGCCCUCAGGGUUCCGCCGAAUCCACGUCUUCGGAUAAAGAAGAUGACGAGGCCACGGAUUACGUGUUCAGGAUCAUCUACCCUGGCAUGCAGUCGGAGUUUGUCCCCCAGGACAUGAUGGAUGUCUCCGUGAGCAACCUGCCAUCCCUGUGGCAGCCCAGCCCCCGGAAAUCUUCCUGCUCAUCCUGUUCACAGAGUGGCUCGGCUGAUGGUGGCUCAACCAAUGGCUGCAACCACGAGCGGGCUCCCCUGAAGCUUCUCUGUGACAAUAUGAAGUACCAGAUCCUUUCCAGAGCCUUCUAUGGAUGGCUUGCCUACUGCAGACACCUGUCCACCGUGAGGACCCACCUGUCAGCCCUGGUCAAUCACAUGAUUGUCUCUCCGGACUUGCCCUGCGAUGCUGGACACGGGCUGACGGCUGGGAUCUGGGAGCAGUACCUCCAGGACAGCACGAGUUAUGAGGAGCAGGAACUGCUUCGCCUCAUCUACUACGGGGGCAUCCAGCCAGAGAUCCGCAAGGCCGUGUGGCCCUUCCUUCUGGGCCACUACCAGUUUGGAAUGACAGAAACAGAAAGGAAGGAGGUGGAUGAACAGAUGCAUGCUUGCUACGCACAGACCAUGUCUGAGUGGCUGGGCUGCGAGGCCAUCGUGCGGCAGAGGGAGCGGGAGUCCCACGCUGCUGCCCUGGCCAAGUGUUCAUCGGGGGCCAGCCUGGACAGCCACCUGCACCGGAUGAUGCACCGGGACUCCACCAUCAGCAACGAGUCCUCCCAGAGCUGCAGUUCUGGCCGCCAGAACCUCCGCCUGCAGAGCGACUCCAGCAGCAGCACACAGGUAUUUGAGUCGGUGGAUGAGGUAGAGCAAGUGGAGGCAGAAGGCAGGUUGGAGGAGAAACAGCCCAAGAUCCCUAAUGGAAACCUGGUGAAUGGCACCUGUUCCCCAGACUCCGGCCAUCCUUCCUCCCACAACUUCUCCUCGGGGCUCUCGGAGCACUCGGAGCCAAGCUUGAGUACGGAAGACAGUGUCAUGGACGCCCACCGAAAUGCUGCCCUGGUUCUUCGACCUGGUGACAGCAGCGUGGAGGACGGGCAGAGCAGCGAAGCCACCACUUCCCGGGACGAGGCCCCCUGUGAGGAGCUGGCCGUGCAGGACAGCCUGGAGAGCGACCUGCUUGCCAACGAGAGCAUGGACGAGUUCAUGUCUGUCACUGGCAGCAUGGACGUGACUCUGCCUGAAAAGGAGGGCCCCUCCCUGGAGAGCUGGGGGAGCAGCAAGGUCGAGAAGCACAGCCAAGCAGACAGUGAAGACAACCUCUCAGAGGAACCCGAGAUGGAAAGUCUUUUCCCCGCCCUGGCCUCCCUGGCCGUGACCACUUCUGCCAACAACGAGGCAUCCCCCGUGUCUUCCAGUGGCGUCACCUAUUCUCCAGAACUGCUGGACCUGUACACGGUGAACCUGCACCGUAUUGAGAAGGACGUGCAGAGGUGUGACCGCAACUACUGGUACUUCACACCUGCCAACCUGGAGAAGCUACGCAACAUCAUGUGCAGCUACAUCUGGCAGCACAUUGAGAUCGGUUAUGUCCAGGGCAUGUGUGACCUGCUGGCCCCACUGCUGGUCAUUCUAGAUGAUGAGGCCAUUGCCUUCAGCUGCUUCACAGAGCUCAUGAAGAGAAUGAACCAGAACUUCCCCCACGGAGGAGCCAUGGACACACACUUUGCCAACAUGAGGUCACUAAUCCAGAUCCUGGACUCUGAGCUCUUUGAACUGAUGCAUCAGAAUGGGGACUACACUCAUUUCUACUUCUGCUACCGCUGGUUCCUGCUGGAUUUCAAACGAGAACUCGUGUAUGAUGAUGUCUUCUCUGUCUGGGAGACCAUCUGGGCAGCGAAACAUGUCUCGUCCGCCCACUAUGUCCUGUUCAUCGCCCUGGCACUGGUGGAGGUCUACCGUGACAUCAUCUUGGAGAACAACAUGGAUUUCACAGACAUCAUCAAAUUCUUUAAUGAAAUGGCCGAACGACACAACACCAAGCAGGUCCUGAAGCUGGCCCGGGACCUCGUGUACAAGGUGCAGACUCUGAUAGAAAACAAGUGAGGCCCUGCGCACCCAGGCGGCGUCAGCCCAGCCGCCACCUGCCCUGGUGCGCGCUUGUCCUCCCGGCCCUGGGAGAGGCUCCGGUGUUUGUUCACAAGUGUGGGCUUCUGUGCACAGGGAGACUGCCCACCUCUCACCAUCAGGCAGAUGGGGUGUGGGGUUGCCCCUUCAGUUCAGCCUUAUGUUUUCCUGCUUGACCAAAGAUCGCCCCAGCCUGGGAUUUCUCCCUUGUAGGAGUUGGGGGUUCUUGAUGGACAGGAGGGAAGGUCAUUGCACAUGGUCUGCAGAAUGCUCUCCUCUCCUCUACCCCAUCCCUCCAAAUGGGGUGAAUUUGAGAUGUGGGGAGGGAAUUUUGGGGGGAAUUGGUGGAGGGGAGAUCUGUGGGGCUACCUCCAUGCUCUGAAAGGGGGCUUGGAGAUGUUCCAGAGCAGUUUGCAGCAGGAUCAGUUUGCAGCAGGGUUUCUGCACUCAGUAUUUGGGGUGGGUGGCAUCCUGUGCACUGAGGGAUGUUGAGCAGCAUCCCUGGCCUCUACCCACUAGAUGCCAGUAGCACCAUCCUCCCUGCCCCAGUUGUGACAACCUAAGAUGUCUCUAGGCAGUACCAGAUGUUCCCUAUGGGACAGAAUUGCCCCAUUUGAGAAGCACUGGCUUAGAGGAGGGGUUCCCCAGGCAUCCCCCCCACUUUUACCUAAGCCACUGCUUUUCUCGAGGCUUCCACGCAUUCAGAAAAGGCACAGGGGAGUCCUGUGCCUUCUCUGGGGCCGGGGAUUCCAUUUGUUGUGUUCUCAAUUUUUCUCCUCCACCUGACCCCAGGCCAUACCUUUAUUUUAAAGUAAAGUGUCUCCUGGCAAAGGCGAUGGAACCCAGGGAGUGUUUACAGGCUGGAGACAGCUCCUCAGGGUCCUGCUCAGAGCCCCGGGCCUGGCAGAUUCUGCACCCCUUCCCCUCUUCCUAGGAAGCUUCCCUCUCCUUGUACACCUGGGGUUGGUGUGGCGGCGCUGGAGGUGUGUGCUAGUGGGAGCUGCUUGGUCAAGGAGGCCGACUUUUCCCUAAGUGCCUUUGCUCCCUCAGGACAAAGGAAGAGAAGGAGGUCAAGGGUUGGCUGGGGUGGUGAUAGUGUGUGUUUUCCUUGGUUACCGGCUAGGUCUGGAAAUGCUCCCCUCCACAUCUUCACACCAGGGGUCAUCAACCCACAACGAAGCCCCAGUUAGCUAGGUCACCUGUGGUGCCCCCCAUAGGGCCAUCCUGCCAACUCCUCUAUCCUGAGAAGGCAGGGGAUGGGGAAAAAGGUGAGAGUCGGGGAGGAAUGCUCUGGCCAAGAACAGCAGUUAGGGUUCUGGAGCGAGGAGGGGGCUCAUGAAGCGCCGUGAAGUAUUCACAGAGCGGGUAUCCUGGGGAUCUGAGCCAGCCAGGCCAGGGAGAGGCGCCUGCCCCUGUGCUCCCCUGUGCCUCCACCUGCAUCUGAACUGCACCCUCUGCCCUAGUCGGGCCUCCAGGCAGGAUGGGCCAGGCCCCGACGCCCCUGCUGUGAACUGUCCGUGCCCUGAACCCCAGCUUCCCCAGUGGGGGGAAAUGUGUGACAGGCUCCUCUGAAAGAAGUUCAUUUUGCCACCCAGUAGUCCACUGCAGAGGGAGUUAUGUUAGCCAGACCCAGGUCCCGGAGCUUCUGAUUCUUAUUUAUUUUUUUGAGACUGGUGACAAAGCACAGCACAAGAUCCCUCUCCCCGUGCCCUCGGUGUUCCAGACGCGCGUCCACGGCUGCCGUGUGGAGUGGCUCGUGUUUAUUCGACUUUCCGUGCUUAUCCAGGUCCCCGUACGUGGCGUGUGUCCUUGUGCCCUG